CCAAGCUGCUAGAACCUCAGGCUAAUGGCCCUGUCACCCGCCCUCCUCCCCUUCCGGCUCACUGCCCAUCCCGGGCAUCCUCCAUCAGCCCGCUGAGGGGACUGCUGAGCCUCAGAGACAUCUGGCAGCACCAGGAGAGUCUCAGAAAUCGAGAAGCUUUCUUCCUCUGGGACCUGGGCACCACAUCCUAUCUCCUGUGACGCUGCAGGAGCUUCCCUGGUUUUAAGAGGUGAUAUGGUGGAGAGAAAGCACAAGACUGGGGGCCACAGCUCCUGGCUUCUCAUCCAGGCUCCGCUGCUCCCUGACUGCUGCCUUUCUCUGUGGGCUUCCGUUUCCUCCGUGAUCCCACCAGGCGAACUGUAAUCCUCCACACAGGGCUGGAACCCGCGAGUGAUCCCAGGAGCCCCUCCUCUCCGGGGCCCCAAGAUCUGAGCACAGGGAGCCAGGUUGCACACAGGAGCCCUGCAGGCCAGGACGGCGGCCCCAUGGACCUGCCCCCGCAGCUCUCCUUCGGCCUCUAUGUGGCCGCCUUUGCGCUGGGCUUCCCGCUCAACGUCCUGGCCAUCCGAGGCGCGACGGCCCACGCCCGGCUCCGUCUCACCCCUAGCCUGGUCUACGCCCUGAACCUGGGCUGCUCCGACCUGCUGCUGACAGUCUCCCUGCCCCUGAAGGCGGUGGAGGCGCUAGCCUCCGGGGCCUGGCCUCUGCCGGCCUCGCUGUGCCCCGUCUUCGCGGUGGCCCACUUCUUCCCACUCUAUGCCGGCGGGGGCUUCCUGGCCGCCCUGAGUGCAGGCCGCUACCUGGGAGCAGCCUUCCCCUUGGGCUACCAAGCCUUCCGGAGGCCGUGCUAUUCCUGGGGGGUGUGCGCGGCCAUCUGGGCCCUCGUCCUGUGUCACCUGGGUCUGGUCUUUGGGUUGGAGGCUCCAGGAGGCUGGCUGGACCACAGCAACACCUCCCUGGGCAUCAACACACCGGUCAACGGCUCUCCGGUCUGCCUGGAGGCCUGGGACCCGGCCUCUGCCGGCCCGGCCCGCUUCAGCCUCUCUCUCCUGCUCUUUUUUCUGCCCUUGGCCAUCACAGCCUUCUGCUACGUGGGCUGCCUCCGGGCACUGGCCCACUCCGGCCUGACGCACAGGCGGAAGCUGAGGGCCGCCUGGGUGGCCGGCGGGGCCCUCCUCACGCUGCUGCUCUGCGUAGGACCCUACAACGCCUCCAACGUGGCCAGCUUCCUGUACCCCAAUCUGGGAGGCUCCUGGCGGAAGCUGGGGCUCAUCACGGGUGCCUGGAGUGUGGUGCUUAAUCCGCUGGUGACCGGUUACUUGGGAAGGGGUCCUGGCCUGAAGACAGUGUGUGCGGCAAGAACGCAAGGGGGCAAGUCCCAGAAGUAACGCCACUGCUCGGGGGAAGGAGCAUGGGGCAGGAGGGCCCGGCUGCUUCUCCAGGCCCCUGCGGGGGGCUGCUUCGGAGGAACUGCAGGGCAGCCUGGCCCGGAGGCCUCCCUGGAGCCACUCAAGUGGAGAGCGGCGCCUGCUGAGGGCAGCACCCCAGUCAAGAGAGGAGCGCGGAGCCAGAGCAAGGUGGCGGGGGAGGUAAGUUUGCCCCUGCACGUGUCGAGGAAGUUCGCCCCUUCCUCGCCUAUCUUUCUCUCCCCUCUGCACGUCCUCACCUGCCUGUCUUCCGUGGGCCGCGAGCAGAGGCCUUGUACUUACGGGAAGGAGGAGGCAGUCUGUUUCUGACCCACAGGAACUGCCACUCCGGUGAUGCACUUGAGGACAGCUACUCUGAAAUCAGUUCCCAGGAGAGAACAUUUGAUUUCCGAGUAGGAGAGGAGGCAGGAGGCCGGAUAAUGACGCUGUUACACCAUGUGAAACUCGCAAGGGGGCAGCCUUGGAGCUUGGAACGGAGGCUGGCAGGAAAAGCUGCUUCAGCCGGGGAGGGAAAAUGCAAGGUCCCGCAGUGAUGGGCAAAGGCCACGGAGUUGACUCUUGAACAACGUGGGGAUGGGGUGCCGAACCCCCACGCAGUGGAAAAUCUGUGCAUGACUUUGACUCCCCCAAAGUUCAUCUACUAAUAGCCUACUGUUGACCAAAAGCUUUACCCAGUAUAUAAACAAUUGAGUAAGACAUAUUUGAAGCCAGGCACAGUGGCUUAUGCCUGUAAUCCCAGCACUUUAGGAGGCCGAGGCCGGAAGACUGCUCGAAGCCAGGAGUUCAAGACCAGCCUGGGCAAGAUAGUGAGACCCCCCCACCUCUACAAAUAAUAAAAAUAAAAAUAAUUAGCUGGGCGUGGUGGUGAGUGCCUGUAGUCCCAGCUACUCAGGGGUCUGAGGUGGAAGGAUCCCUUGAGACCAGGAUUGAGGCUGCAAUGCCAUGAUCGCACCACUGCACUCCAGCCUGGGUGACAGAGCAAGAUCCUGUCUCUGGAAAAAAAAGAAAAAAGACAUAUUUUAUAUGUUAUAUAUAUUAUGUGCUGUAUUCUUACAAUAAAGUUAAGCUAGAGAAAA